CCAAAGUAAUGUCGACCUUUGCAGCAGCGCUGCAGGUGAACUAAGAAACGGUUGUCACACUUUGUUUUCCAGUUUGUCGCAAACUUGUCUGUGUUUAAUAGGGAAAGAUAACAUUCAAGAGGGCGCUCCACUGGGAAGGCUCUGCAGUCGCAGUUAAGAAACCCUUCCAAGUUCCAGAAUACGCAGUAUACAGAACACCUGGUACAGCAAAAUGGUGGCUGCCAUUGCAGAUUUUUAUGCUGGACGCAGCAUAUUUGUCAUUGGUUUUACAGGGUUUAUGGGCAGGGUUCUGGUCGAGAAGCUGCUGAGAAGUUGUUCUGACAUAAAGGCAAUUUAUGUACUUAUCAGACCAAAGAAUAACCAGGAUGUGAGGCAGAGACUUGAAGAUGUCUUCAGUUCCAAACUAUUUGACAAGUUGAGAAAAGAGCGUCCAGAGUUCCGCACCAAAGUCAUUCCAGUGAAUGGAAACAUGUUAGAGCCACACCUGGGCAUGAGCCAGUCAGAUAUGACCAGACUUGUUACUGAUGUGUCUGUGGUGUUUCAUGCUGCUGCAACUGCUAACUUUGAGGAACAUUUAAAAUCAGGAGUGCUGAUGAAUUUGCAUGGUGUGAAAAAACUUGCAGAGCUAUGUAAACAGAUGUCAAAACUGGAAGCCUUAGUUUAUGUGUCCACAGUCUUUGCAAAUUGUGACAGAUCACAGGUGCAGGAAGCAAUAUAUCCACCAGCGCUCCAACCCCAGAAACUGAUGGAGGCAGCAGAAUGGAUGGAUGCUGAAAUGAUGGAAAUUUUGGCUCCUCACCUGAUUGGCAAGCGGCCAAACACAUACACUUAUAUCAGAGCCAUGGUGGAGUAUCUUUUAGUGGAGGAGUAUGCCAGUCUACCCAUUGCCAUAAUAAGGCCCUCUAUAGUGGGAGCCUCACUGAGAGAACCCUUUCCUGGGUGGCUUGAUAAUUUUGAUGGCCCAACCAAUCUUCUUACUAAGGUUGGCAAGGGUAUUUUGAGAAGUAUGAUGGGAAAUGUGAAUGGCAAAGCUGACGUUGUUCCCAUAGAUUUGGUAAUAAAUCUAAUGAUAGCCUCGGCAUGGUAUACGUCAGUGCACAGGCCAAGCAACACCAUGGUUUAUAACCUCACAACUGGGAACUUGAACAAGGCUACAUGGGGACACUGGGGUUGGUAGUUAAUAAACACUUAUUCAACUCUGUGUGUCUAGUUAAUGAAAUUUACCAAAGAGCGUACUUGCUUUUUGUAAAAUACAUCUUAGACAGUAUAUGAAAUUAGAAGUGCUGUGAUUUAGAAAUAAAUAUUUAAGCAU